AUGAUUGACGAGGAUCUUUAUACUCACUACUUGAACAAAUUCACGGGCAUUCCCUCCCUUUUUUACCUACCGAAUUUCAAUAUUGUGGAAGGUUUGUUGUAUUACUUUUGUUUUGAAGACAACAGUAUCUGCACCAUGGAAGGGUACAAUGUAGAUUCCGAUCAUGUUACUGCAGAAUUAGUUGGAAUGGGGUUUGAGUUCUCUGAUAUUACUGAAGCUGUAAAAGCAGUGGGUGCAUCAUUGGAUGAUGCAGUUGAGUUUAUCUUGAAUAACUCUCAAAGAACCAAUAGCAGUGCAUCAAGUAGUUCUGCAUGUCUAAAUGUAACUAACAAAGUUCUUGGGAAAAGAACCCCCUCUUCCACAGAGUCUUUUGGUAAGAUGCGGCAACAAAGCAUAACAGAGCACCUUAUGUCAGCAUCUAUGGCCAAAAGAAGCAAGGUUACAAUUGAAUCUCAUGCAUCUGCCUCUAAGUCAAAUAUCUUGCCCAGACAUGUGGAAGAACCAGAAGUUUCCCUUCCCCUAACCAUGGAUCCUAGAUUAAAUAUCAGUCCAGCAACAACCAUUCUACCAUCUUAUUGCAAAGACGAAGAGGAAAUUAGGCCAUACUGGGAACAGAAGGUGUAUAAUCUACUAGGCAAGCAUUUUGGAUAUUCAUCCUUGAAGAAUUUUCAGAAAGAAGCUCUGGAAGCUUGGUUGUCCCAUCAAGAUUGUCUUAUUCUUGCAGCAACAGGAUCUGGAAAAUCUCUAUGUUUCCAAAUUCCAGCAUUGUUAACUGGGAAGGUGGUGGUUGUUGUUUCACCAUUAAUUAGCUUGAUGCAUGAUCAGUGCUUGAAGCUAGCAAAACAUGGGAUAUCAGCUUGCUUUCUUGGAUCUGGUCAAAUCGACAAAAGUGUUGAACAAAAAGCUAUUAGCGGCGUUUACAACAUAAUUUAUGUCUGCCCAGAGACAAUUUUAAGACUUAUUAAACCACUUCAAAGCCUUGCGGAAGGCCGGGGAAUUGCACUAUUUGCAAUUGAUGAAGUUCACUGUGUUUCUAAGUGGGGUCAUGAUUUUCGACCUGAUUACAGGCGAUUGUGUGUGUUAAGAGAGAACUUCGGAAGGAACAAUUUAAAAUUCUUAAAAUUUGACAUACCAUUGAUGGCUUUGACCGCUACUGCAACUGUUCGUGUUCGAGAAGACAUUUUGAAAUCAUUAUGCAUGUUGAAGGGGACAAAGAUUGUUAUUACUUCAUUUUUCCGGCCAAAUCUUUGUUUCUCGGUGAAACAUAGUAGAACAUCAUCUUUGUCUUCCUAUGACAAGGAUUUUCGUGAAUUGAUAGAGGUUUACACCACAGGGAAGAAAUCUGCCAAAACAUAUAAUUUAACCCCACAAGAUCUGGAGCAUUCUACUGAAAACUCUAGUAGCACUUCUGAUGGCAGCAUGACUGAAGUAGAUGGAACUUGCAAAACUGAAGUGAACGAUAUUGAUGAUGAUGUACUUCCAGAAAAUGACGAUGGAGUAGGUUUGCAGUUGGAAAAUAGCUUAAACUCUCUAAAUGAGAAAAAAUUAUCAGUUGAAUAUCUUGAAGAUGAGUGUGAUCUGUUCCAUGAAGCCGAUGAUUUGGACGUUUCUUGUGGUGAAUUUUAUGGUCAGCCACCUAUAAAAGACUUCAAUAAUUGUGGUUCACCAGAAACACAUAACAUACUGAACAAGCUAAAAGAAAGGCCCACACUCAAGAAAGGAGAUCUUGGAGAAGGACCAACAAUUAUAUAUGUGCCUACCAGGAAAGAAACUUUAAGCAUAGCAAAGUUCCUUUCUAGUUCUGGUGUAAAGGCUGCUGCUUAUAAUGCCAAGUUGCCAAAAUCACACCUCAGACAGGUGCACAAGGACUUCCAUGAAGAUGCCUUGCAGGUGGUUGUUGCAACUAUUGCUUUUGGAAUGGGUAUUGAUAAAUCGAAUGUCCGUAGGAUUAUUCAUUAUGGAUGGCCGCAGAGCUUGGAAGCAUACUACCAAGAAGCUGGUCGAGCAGGUCGGGAUGGAAAAUUAGCAAAUUGUGUCCUAUACGCAAAUAUGUCAAGAAUACCAACACUUUUGCCCAGUCAGAGAAGCGAAGAACAAACAAAGCAAUCAUAUAAGAUGUUAUCUGAUUGCUUCAGAUAUGGAAUGCAUACUUCUUCUUGUAGAGCCAAAAUGCUUGUCGAGUACUUUGGCGAGGAGUUUUCCCAGGAAAAAUGUCUCUUAUGUGAUGUCUGCAUAAGUGGGCCUCCAGAAAUGCAGAAUCUGAUAGCCGAGGUGGCAAUACUCUUGCAGACUAUCAUCUCUCAUUAUGGACAAAGGGGUUCUAUGGAUUUUUCAUAUGAUGAUGGUGACGUCCCUGCCUUCAAACACAGGAGUUUUACAGAGAAGCCGAAUCUUAGGAAAUUUGUUAGUAGAAUAAGGGAACAGGAUCACAAAUUUGCUGCUAGUGACUUCAUAUGGUGGCGUGGUCUUCUUCGUAUACUAGAAGAUAGAGGGUUUAUCAGGGAGGGAGAUGAAAUGAGUCGAGUUCAGAUAAAAUUUCCAGAGCCAACGGAAUCUGGGCUGCAAUUGUUUAGGUCGGCAUUGGAACAACCAUUCUAUGUUUACCCAGAAGCAGAUAUGCUGCUGUCCACGAGAAGCCGUAAAUCAUUUUCUAGUUUCACUGAAUGGGGAAAAGGUUGGGCUGAUCCUGAAAUCCGUCGUCAGCGCUUAGAAAGUAGUCAAACAAAGAGAAAUCGCAAGAAGAGAAAACCUCGUAAGCGUAAGCCUAAUUUGGCAACAGUUCAUGGGAGGUUAGCUGCGAAACUCUCAAAGAAGAACUGA